GGACGCAGACGGAAGGCUGAGGACGGGCUAAAGGACCCUACAUCUGGAAAACUCCGACGCAAAGGUCGCUGCAGAGAUGGCAGACCCAUCCCCAGAACAAAAUGAGCGCUUGGCGAUCAAAAAGACCUCCAGGGUUCCGGGCGCGACGGUCACCCAGUUUGUGGAGAUCGUUCCGUUGGGAAAAUCAACCCCCGAUUUCUCCAGGAAGCCCAUGCCCAUGAAAGUUCAGGAGGGUAAAAAGGCGAUGUUCAAGGUGAUGGUGCUCGGUAACCCCCCGCCAGCCGUGGUCUGGACCCGGUUGAAGUGUCCGGUCCUGGACCCGGAGGUGUACAAGACCCGAUACGACCCACGGGGCAAGGAGCACAUACUGGAGAUGCUGAAGGUCCAAGUCGACCAGGCGGACACCUACAAGUGCAUCGUAACCAACGACUACGGAGAGGCGGUGGUGACGGUGACACUGAAUGUUGUCGCAGCUGCAGCAAAAAAUGAGGCUGGCGCCCCACUAGAUUUCCGCAAGAUGCUGAAGAAAACUGUUGUAGUGAGAAAGAAACAGCUCCCGCCUCAGAAAGAGGGGGAGAUCGACCCCAAACUCCUGGAGCUGCUUCUGUCCGCUCCUAAGAAGGACUACGAGCGGAUCUGCUUCGAGUUCGGCGUGACGGACUUCCGCUGGCUGCUGAAGAGGCUGAACCAGCUGAAGAAAGAGCGAGAGGAUGAGCAGGCCAAGGUGGUGGAGAACCUGGAGAACGUCAAACAGAUUGAGGUCAAACCAAACGGCAGGGCGGAGUUCGAGCUGGAUAUGAAACUAUCGGAUCCAAACAGCAAAAUAGAGCUGUUUAAGGACGGGGAAUUGGUCCCUUAUGGCAUGGAUGAGAAUUCAAAGCCGCGUCUGGAAGUCACCGGGACAAAGUAUCUGUUCAGCAUCAAUGACCCCCAGCAAGACGACGCUGGGUUCUACCAGGUGGAUGUGGGAGAGGCCAACAUGCUCUCCACUGAUUUCAAAGUGCCCGACGUGGACUUCAACUCCAAGCUCCAGAACACCAAGGCCACGGAGAAAGAGGACGCCGUCUUCCAGUGCGUGCUGACGGCGCCGAUGAACUACAUCACGUGGUCGACGCAGGACGCCUCGCUGCGGCACGGCGACAAGUACGACGUCACUGUGUCCGAGGACAAGCUGACGCACACCCUUAGGGUGAAGGGCUGCGCCGUGGCGGACGCUGGCGUCUACUUCGCCAUCGCCGGCAUCAUGAGGAGCAGCGCCUCGCUCACCGUGGAGGAUCCUGGAGUUCAGUUUGUUUCUGGACUGUCGGACACGGCGGCCAACGUGGGCGAGCGGGCCGAGCUUUCGUGUAAGCUGAGCAGUGACGCGGCCAAGGGCUGCUGGUACAAGAACGGGAAGCUGCUGACGGACGGUGACGGGGUCAGGAUAGUUCACGACGGCGCCUGCCACCGGCUGAUCAUCGACUGCUGCUCCAACAAUGACGGAGCCGUGUACCGCUUCGAGGCGGAGGGACGCAAAUCAGAAGCCACGUUGAGCAUUGAAGACCCCCCCAGGAUCGACCUGGAUGCCUUGGGGAGGUUCUCCAAACCCGUCAUCGUAAGGGCGGGCGAGACGGCCGAAUGGAAGCUCCCCUUCUCAGGGGGAGACCCCCUGACCGUCCAGUGGUACAAGGAGGAUGAAGAACUCCUGCCGGGUCUCACCGUGCGCAUGGAGACCUCCUCCACGGGCAGCCAGCUGAGACUCACCAAGUGCCAGCGGAAGGACGGCGGAGAGGUCAAAAUCAAAAUCAAGAACGCCUUCGGUACCAUAGAGGCCGUCUCCAAGCUGAUCGUCCUCGACAAGCCCACCCCGCCCCAGGGUCCCGUGGACGUUCUGGAGUGCUCCCCUGGCUCCGUGGCCUUCAAGUGGAAACCCCCCAAGGACGACGGCGGGUGUCCGGUGACCGGCUACAUUCUGGAACGCCAGCAGGUCGGCCGAAACAAGUGGACCAGUCUGGGGGAGGUCCCGGGCGGAACCCCCAGCUACCGGGACUCGGACGUGGACCCGGGCAGGAGGUACUGCUACCGGAUCAGAGCCAAGAACUCGGAGGGCGUCAGCGAGUUCCUGGAGACGGAGGACAUAUCCGCCGGAGUACUGCGUUACCCCGGAUCUCCGAGCGCCCCCAAGGUGGUCAGUGCCUUCAAGGAAUGCAUCAACCUGACCUGGUUCCCUCCUUGUGACACUGGAGGAAGUGACAUAGUGGGCUACAACCUCGAGAAGCGAAAGACGGGCAGCAAUCACUGGAGCCUGGUGAACCCAGGAGGGCCAAUCAAAGGUACCAAGUACGCAGUGAAGGAUGUAUUUGAGGGCGCAGCGUAUCAGUUCAGAGUGACUGCCAUCAACCUGUCUGGCGCCGGUGAACCUAGCCUUCCAUGUGAACCUGUUUAUGCAAGGGACCCUAUGAAACCCCCAGGUAAAGUCAUAGAGCUUAAGUUGACCUCCUCCAAUUACACCACCUUUUCUCUGGCUUGGACCAAACCCAAGGAGGUGGAGGGAGUGGCGGGCGAGGCCCACGGGUACUAUGUGGAGAUCAGGCCCAUCGAGGAGCUGGAGUGGUCCCGCUGCAACAACAACCCGGUGUCGCUCACCUCCUUCACCGUGCUCGGCCUCAAGGCCAUGGCCGCCUACUGGGUGAGGGUGAUCGCCACCAAUUACGGCGGGGACGGGGAGCCCCAGGGCUUUGACAACUACAUCAUCGCCAUGCCGCCGCCGGUUCGGCCGAGGUUUAAAGACAAGAACAUGAAAAGUUUCCUGGUGGUGAAAUUAGGAAAUACCGUUCGUGUCAACAUCAACUUUGAGGCUUGCCCGCUGCCGGAGGUCAUUUGGCUGAAGGAUGGUGUUCCCGUGUCCAAACACGUGACCAUCACCAACUCAGACAGUGGCUCCCAGCUCCUCAUCCCCAUGUCCGAGCGCUCAGACACGGGCGUCUACACCAUCCUGCUCAAGAACAUGGUGGGCCAGGAGACCUUCAACGUGGAGAUCAGAGUCACGGACGAUCCCAAGGCCCCCGGCCCAGUGGAGCUGGAGCAGAACGUCCCAGGGACGCUCACCCUCUGCUGGAUGCCGUCCCCGGACGAGAAGCGUGACGACCGGCUGAGCUACGUGGUGGCCAUGAAGGACUCGUACAAGCAGACCUGGCGGACGGUGACGGAGAACCUGUUCAACCACCGCUGCACCGUCACCGUGCUGCCCGGGCGCGAGUACUACUUCAGGGUGUUCGCCAAGAACGACAUGGGUCUUUCCUCGCCCGUCGAGUCCCCGUCGUGGGUGACCAAGCAGGAGAAAGCGCCUUUCAAACUGGACCCUCCGGAGUUCAAGAGCCGCGACCUGCAGGCCUCGCCGUCCUUCACGGUGCCCCUGAAGCAGCGCACCGCGCCGCGAGGCUACGAGUGUCACAUGAGCUGCGCCGUGAGCGGCGACCCCCGUCCCCACGUCACAUGGUACCGCGACAACGUCAGCCUGAACACCAACACCAACUACCACGUCACCUGCGUGAGAGGGGUGUGCACCCUGCUCAUCCUCAAGGUGGGGCCCAAGGACUCCGGGGAGUACAAGGUGGUGGUGGACAACCCCCUGGGCACGGCCGAGUGCUCCAUGAUGCUUAACGUCAGAGAGUGAAGGCAGAGCCUGAAGACAGAACUUGAACUGAAGCCCUGGCAAUUGAACCAAAGCAGUCUACACACACUAUGCCUUUAGAAUCUGUGGUUGAAAAGUCACUGCAUUGGGUUUCGUGAACCACACACACUGAGACAUACACCUUGAUCUCAGUGUGUGUGGUUCACAAAACACUAUCUAAUUGAGUUUAGAAAAAGAAACAUUUGCUUCUGCCACGCCAUUGAGCAAAGGAUUGGCCUCUUCUUCUUGCCUCGCGGAGUAUUUGCUCAAAUCAAUUCUUGACCUGCUUGCUGACUUCCUUCAUGUCUUUCGUCGACUGUGCGUUUCAUGCAUCUUUCAAAGUCUGUUACGUAAUGAUAGAUGCUUGCUGCCGCAGGGCAUUGUGUUUUAUAAAGCGAAUACCUCUGACAACAAGCAAUUACUGAUGUUCCCCACAUAGGCAAGAGAAACUUCACACUAUGAAUGAACAGAACACAUUAGGACAAUGCCAGCUCUAAGAAGCUACAACUGCAAACUAAAUGUUGUAAUAAUAAUUUAAUGAAAGUGUUAUCCUAUUAUUAAAAAUAUAUAUAAUACUAUGUUUUAUAUGCAAGAGGGGGUUUUGUAGAAAAUCGACUUUAUAUUCUGCUUGAUAUUGGUUGGCACUUAUGCUAAUUAUAUUCAAAAGAAAUGAUGCAGGAUCAUUGGAAGAAAUGAGGCAGAGAUCAUUUGAAAUCAAACAAGGUACAUGUUGCCUUUCAGACUUACCUUUCAGCUUUGAACCAUGAGAAUAUAGGCCUAUUCAAGCACCCAAUUAUUGAAUGUAAUAUUAACUGAGUGAGAUCAGAUUUUUGGAGUCAGGAGACAUGGGAUAUGAAAUUGAAAUUGCUAUGUGCUAGAAUAAAACAUUUCA